AUGAGCUCAAUUGACGAAAAAACGACAAAUGAAAACAAACUUAAUGACAAAAAUGAGAACGAAACUUUGAAAAGAUCGAGAGACGACUCUAAAGCUGAUACCAUCAAUAAUAAUACUAAAAAGGUCAAACUAGAUCAAGAGAAGAAAGCGGAUGUAAGUGAUAAAGAGGAAGCUCAACCAACUGAAAUAGAUGAAGAUCAAAGUCUGACUAAGAAAACUGACGAAGAUAGUAAGGAAAAUAAUGAGAAGCAAACGGAAAAAGAGGAAGAUAGUAGUAUACCUAAAGAAGAUGUAAAAAAAGAUCAAGAAGAAAAGGUCGAAGAAAAAGAAAAGACUGGCUCGUCUCCAAAGGAAGGAGAAACAACUAAGCCAAAAUUUGUUUUCGGGUCAAAAACUUUGUUUGGAUCAGGCUUUGGUGCAGCAAAGGUACCACAUUCUUCCGAAAGCAAGGAUCAAUCACCAAAAGGUGGAAAUUCAAAACCAUUUUCAUUUGGUUCUGGGUUGUCCUUUGGUAGCGGAUUUGGGGUCUUGAAGAAGUCUGAUGAAACUGAACCUACUUCUUCCAAGGAGCAAUCUACCACAGCUGACGAUUCCAAAAGUGAAGCGAAAGAAAAAUUGCCAAAGAAAGAAAACACAGAAGAUGAAAAGAAGAAAGAGGAGGAGGAAUCAACUGUUAAGUUGCACAAACAAGACGUCAAAUCGGGUGAAGAAUCUGAAGAUUGUAUCUUUCAGGCUAAUGCCAAGUUGUACCAAUUAUCAGAUAUCAAAAGCGGUUGGAAGGAACGAGGUUUGGGCACCAUCAAGGUAAACAAAGACAACAAAACAGGCAAGGCCCGUAUUAUAAUGAGAACAAGAACUGUCAUGAAGGUUAUUCUUAACUUGCCACUUGUCAAAGGCUUUACUAUCCACAAAGGAUUCCCAGGUUCAUUACAAAGUGAAAAGUUUGUUAGAAUAAUCGCCGUUGACGAUAAAAACUUACCGGUCCAAUAUGCUCUAAAAACAGGGAAAGAAGAAACUACUACUGGUUUAUAUGACGCAAUGAUAGAUUCAAUACCUAAGUAA